UGAGAGUAGAAGAUCGGCGCCCCGCCGGCGACGUACCGUGUUCGCGGCUGUGGCUGUAUCAUUAUACAUCAAUUUGUUCCGUACCCAUGGAUGAAACUUCGGGCUCCAUGGAAUAUACCUCUCUUAUUUCCUGUACAUCAUCCACUACAUUAAUCCGACUCACUUAGAACAUGCUAUCAAAACAGGUCAUCGCUGUAGCACGCAGUCGUGCUUUUCUUGCAAGCAGAAAUGCCCAAUAUCGUGACACUGCUGUAUCGUUGUCGAAAGGAUGGAAAGUCGCCAGCUCGCAAAUGAGAUGCGCACAGUUCCACUCAUCACAUCUCCUCCAAGUCGAGACCGUAAAAGUGCCACAGAUGGCAGAGUCCAUCUCCGAAGGUACUCUUCGGUCUUGGUCAAAACAGGUUGGGGAUAGCGUCGAGGCUGAUGAGGAAGUCGCGACAAUUGAGACGGAUAAGAUCGAUGUUUCUGUGAACGCGCCUAAAUCAGGGAAAAUUGUGGAGCUGCUCGCACAAGAGGAUGACACUGUCAACGUCGGCCAGGACCUCUUCAGAAUCGAACCCGGUGAAUAUGAUGCAUCUCCCGCCCCUCAAGAACAGAAAAAGGUAGACCCUGAAGAACCCAAAGACCAACAACUGGAUAAGACCACGCCGGAGCCUCUCGCACCCUCAGGUGUCGACAGAUUGAGUAGCGGAAUUCCUCCUGAGACUCCUAAGGAGUCCAAGAAGGAAGUGAAGCAGGACUCCAAACCAAAGGAGGUCAAGUCAAACGCACCUCCCGCUGCGCCAAAAGCACCAGGCAACCGGGGUGAGACUAGGGUCAAGAUGAACCGUAUGCGCCUGCGCAUUGCCGAACGUCUGAAGGAGUCUCAAAACGCUGCCGCUUCGCUCACAACCUUCAAUGAGAUCGACAUGUCGUCUCUCAUGGAGAUGCGAAAGAAGUACAAGGAUGAGGUGCUCAAGGAACAUGACGUUAAGCUAGGCUUCAUGAGCGCGUUCGCUCAUGCGUGCGCGCUGGCACUGAAGGAGAUUCCUGCUGCAAACGCAUCUAUUGAGGGUGACGAGAUUGUAUACCAUGAUUACGUCGACCUCAGUGUUGCUGUCGCGACUCCGAAGGGUUUGGUCACUCCCGUAGUGAGGAAUGCCGAGAGCAUGGGCUUUGUUGAUAUCGAGAAGGAGAUUGCCGCUCUCGGCACUAAGGCCAGGGACGGGAAGUUGACUCUCGAGGACAUGGCAGGAGGCACCUUCACCAUUUCCAAUGGUGGUGUCUUCGGCUCAUUGUACGGAACGCCCAUCAUCAACUUGCCACAGUCCGCUGUGCUAGGCAUGCACGCUAUCAAGGACAGGCCUGUCGUAGUCAACGGCCAGAUCGUCAUCCGACCCAUCAUGGUUGUCGCUCUCACCUAUGACCACAGACUACUCGAUGGUCGGGAGGCAGUUACAUUCUUGGUGAAGGUUCGUGACUACAUCGAGGACCCCCGCAAAAUGCUCCUUGCAUUGAAUUGAGUUUUCCUUGGAGAAUUUUGUUUGCGAAAGACCCGCAGCUAAGCGCGCUUGUUCUUAUGAGUUACAGUAAUUUCGCAGCCCACAUCUUCAAUGAUAGUUGCCUUGGUCUGCAGCAGGGGCAGGGGGCCCUUAGGCUAGAUAGUAUCGUCCUGCAUGGAGUAGUACUCGGACAAAAAUGGAAAUAAAAUCAAAACAAAAACAUUCCUUGGUCCAUCCCAAGUUGUCAUGUCGCUCUAUAGAAGGCUCUCACU